AUAGCAGUGCUUCCCCACCAUUAAUUCUCAACUCAGAACAAACAUUCUAAUAGCAGUUCCAAUUUCAAUUCCAAUUUCCAAUUAGACAAUGAAGGGCAAGUUCAACGGCACCAUUCUCCAGAGCGAGGCUCUCGCCAAGUAUGUUUUGGAAACGAGCGCUUAUCCGAGAGAGCACGAGCAGCUCAAGGAGCUGCGGCUGGCCACAGUCGACAAAUACGAUUUCUGGAGUAUGAUGAAUGUGCCGGCGGACGAGGGGCAGUUCAUUUCGAUGCUGCUCAAAAUAAUGAACGCGAAGAAGACAAUAGAGGUUGGAGUCUUCACCGGAUACUCCCUCCUCUCCACCGCCCUCGCCCUCCCUGACGACGGCAAGAUCAUCGCCGUCGAUAUCGACCGUGAAGCCUUCGAUACCGGCCUGCCUUUCAUCCAGAAGGCCGACGUGGCCGACAAAAUCCAAUUCAUCCAGUCCGACGCCAUGAAAGUCCUUCAGGACCUCCUUGACAAGGGGGAAGAGGGGACGUUCGAUUUUGCGUUCGUCGACGCGGACAAGCCGAGCUACAUAAAGUACCACGAGGAGCUACUGAAGCUGGUGAGGGUCGGGGGAAUAAUCGCCUACGACAACACGCUCUGGUCGGGAUCGGUGGCAGCGGCAACGGAGGAAGAGGUGGAGAUACAAGAUUUUAUGAAGGCGUGGAGAAUCCACAUCAUGAAUUUCAACACAUUUCUCGCCAGCGACCGCCGCGUCGAGCUCGCCCACCUCUCGAUCGGCGACGGCCUCACUCUCUGCAAGCGCCUCGUCUAAGUAUCAAACUCUUAAUUCUCAUUUUCAAUUAAUUAAUUAUUUUCUUUUAAAAAAGAAAAUUAAAAUGCCAAAGAAAACAAAAAAAAAUUAAAAAAAAAAUUGCUUUUACUUUUACUUUUUUAUUAUUAUUAUUUCUUAUUGUUAAAUGUAUUUUAAUUAAUAAUUGCAUGCAUGAACGUCUUUGUUUAAUUGUAUUAUGUUAUUAUCGGCG